CCUCCUCCCCCCCAGUGUCGCACAGCAACAUGGCGGACAGCGCGAGUGAGAGCGACACCGACGGCGCGGGCAGCAGCUCGGCCACCCCCAUGUCGUCCUCGGCCUCCAGCUCGGGCAAGCCGAGCGUGGUCAUCUCCCAGUUCCGCCUGGAGGAGCUGACUAACCGGCUGGCGUCGCUGCAGCAGGAGAACAAGGUGCUGAAGAUCGAGCUGGAGACUUUCAAGCUGAAGUGCAAGGCGCUGCAGGAGGAGAACCGCGACCUCCGCAAGGCCAGCGUCACCAUCCAAGCCAGAGCGGAGCAGGAAGAGGAGUUCAUCAGCAACACCUUGUUUAAGAAGAUCCAAGCCCUCCAGAAGGAGAAAGAGACCCUGGCCGUCAACUACGAGAAGGAGGAGGAGUUCCUCACCAACGAGCUGUCCAGGAAGCUCAUGCAUCUCCAGCACGAGAAGGCCGAGCUGGAGCAGCACCUGGAGCAGGAGCAGGAGUUCCAGGUCAACAAGCUCAUGAAGAAGAUCAAAAAGAUGGAGAACGAGACCAUCUCCAAGCAGCUCACACUGGAGCAGUUGAGGCGGGAGAAGAUUGACCUCGAGAACACAUUGGAGCAGGAACAAGAAGCCCUCGUCAACAGACUUUGGAAGCGAAUGGACAAACUGGAGGCGGAGAAAAGAAUCCUACAGGAGAAGCUGGACCAGCCCGUGUCCGCCACUCCGUCCCCGAGAGACGUUUCCAUGGAAAUCGACUCCCCCGAGAACAUGAUGCAGCAUAUCCGCUUCCUGAAGAACGAGGUGGAGAGGCUUAAGAAAAGCCUGCGUGCUACCGAGUUGCAGCACACAGAGAAGCGUGCCCAGUACAUCGAAGAGGAGCGACACAUGAGGGAGGAGAACAUCAGGCUGCAGAGAAAGCUGCAGAGAGAGAUGGAGCGCCGGGAGGCUCUGUGCAGACAGCUGUCAGAGAGCGAGUCCAGCCUGGAGAUGGACGACGAGCGGUACUUCAAUGAGAUGUCGGCACAGGGCUUGAGAGCCAGGACGGUGUCCAGCCCCAUCCCUUACACCCCCUCCCCCAGCUCCAGCCGCCCAAUAUCACCUGGGCUGUCAUACGGCGGCCACACAGUGGGCUUCACCCCACCAGCCACUCUGUCGAGAGCUGCCAUCUCCCACUACAACUCCCCCGCCCUGCAUGUCCACGGAAGCUCCUCCCACGCUGUAGCGAGGCCGUCCCCAAGAAGAAGCACCAGUCCUGACAAAUUCAAGCGUCCGACCCCCCCGCCGUCCCCCAACACACACUCAGGGGCCCUGCAGCCGCAGCUUCCGCCGCCCCCUCCGGCCCAGCCCAUGGUCCAGUCCAUGUCCUCCCCGGCGGCCAUGUCGCAUCACGCCGCACAUCCUCCUCCCUCCCAGCCUUAACGCCGCACGCACGCACACACACACACCUGUCCUGGCGCACGAGGGCGCCCACCGGAUGCCACGACGCAAAAAAAAACGCAGCAGCUUCCAUCAUUUACAGCUCGGGAAGAAGCGCUCAGAAGCAGCAUAAAAUGUUAAAAAAAGAGGCGAGAGAGAGAGAGAGAGAAGGGCGGCGGCGAGCGACAGGUUUGACGCCGCACACGCUGGCUAAUUGCUCUUAAACGGAACAGACGUACUGAAAAUAAUUAGUCGGCCAAUCGUCUGUUCCGCCCUCCUGUCUUGUACAUGUUUUUCUUUGCUUUGGGACUGUAGCUGCUUGGAAAAAAAAAUGGUUGUGGCGUUUUUCAGAUAGCACAAGCAGCACACGGCGCUACUCCCCUUUCUGCCGGCCACGUUUGAGUCGGCCGCUGGACGCACGGCUGCGGACGCCGGCCACUCCAUCGCAGUCACGUCCUCACCGAGCGUCCAGCACGAGAAGUGUCAUGGAAGGACCGGCAGGUGUGGCUCACUUGGCAGGUGCUUUUUGUUGUUCAAGGUUCUGCGGAUUAAUGGAGUGGAGUAAAAAGGAUGCACACCGGUACACGGAGGGGUGUGGCCUUGAAGGUGUCUAUGUAGUCUGAGGUCUUAGUCAUGUACUCUUAUCUCUUUCUUUUAUCAUGGUCAUGGGAUAAUAGCAAGACUUAUUAUGCUGCGUACACUAAACAUACACACUGCUUAGACGUGAGUGGUACUGUCAAACUACCUUUCUAUGUAUGAUUAAAAGGCUCUUGAGAUGAAGACGCAUCCACAUUUCCUCUCCACGCCUUUAUGCAGUGCUACCUUUUGAUUUUGCAGAAUGGAAUUUGUUUUGGUAGAUCUUUGUGCCUUUUGAAAUAAAUCCAUGACAUCAAAA